CGUCAUCGAAAGAGGAGCAGAGUCCCCUUCUGCCGGGGCGCGUUCAGCCGUGGUGGCUGGCUUGUACCAGCGCUACAUAGAGAAGGCCUACCGGACAACCUCGUUCUAAAUUCAUCACUUCUGCUCCUCGUUUCUGCCGCCCAUGCCAUUUUUUCGCUGCUGAGAAGCUGAACUACUGCCACCAUGGGUCUUCCUACAGAUGUCUUGAAGGCGUGGGAGGCUUGCGACCGUACCGACACGCUCUUCGUUCUCGUUUGUUCUGUCUUCUGCUGGGGCAUCAUCCCCGCAGUAGGCAUAGCCUACUCCGGAUACACCACGCGCUCUAACUCUCUUGCAGCUGUCAUGCCAGCCAUUCUUGCCGUUACCGUCUGCUCCAUACAAUGGUUUUUGAUCGGUUAUACCCUGACAUAUGGGGAAGGAGGUGAUAUAUUUGGAGAUUUUACGUAUGCUUUCCAUAGAAACGUGCUUGCAGAACCGGUCGGCACGAUACCCGCCGUACUGUUUAGUUUCUUCCAGUUAGUUUUCCAGGCUACAGUUUGUGCCAUUGCUGUGGGAGGGGCUUGUGAAAGGGGACGACUGCUGCCCCUGAUACCAUUCAUCUUCCUAUGGUCUACAUUCGUCUAUAAUCCCCUCGCUCAUAUGGUCUGGGGAGGUGGCUUUCUAAUGGACCUCGGUGUGGUGGAUUUUGCUGGUGGCACGCCCGUACACAUCAACUCUGGCGCAACAGCAACCGCAAUGUCCGUCUACCUUUCGUAUCCACUGUUCCGCUCGCGCAAGUCUUCGCUCCGCACGCCAUCACAUCUCGUGAUACACCGGCCGGUCAAUUCGCUUUGCCAGUUGCUCGCGAUGAUCAGUAUCUGGGGUUCUUGGCUUGCUUUCGAUGCUGGAACCACCUUAGCGUUCAACUUCAAAUCCGUCAUGGCGUUGUGCGUCACGAAUCUAUGUGCGGCUAGCGGGGCUCUAACCUGGAUGCUAUAUACAUAUGUCGAGGUUGGGCGAUGGAGUCUCGAUUCCUGCUUCAUGGGUGCAAUAUCCGGGCUCAUUAUGAUCACUCCUUCGGCCGGCUUCAUCGACACACCAACCGCCUUCUUUUUUGGCAUACUAGGCGCUCUAGUCUGUCGACAAGCGCUUCGAAUCAAGUUCACCGACUUGGCCCGACGCUGGCGCUGGGUCGAUCAUGGCGACACGUUCGCAACCCAUUGCAUCGGCGGUAUUCUGGCGACAAUAGCAACUGGAUGCUUUGCGCGGAAGGAAGUCGCGGGCUAUGAUGGCGUCACGGAGAUCGCUGGAGGUGUCUUCUUCGACGGCAAUGUUCGGCAGCUGGGUGUGCAAAUUGUUGAGGCUUCUGUUGGGUUCUUCUGGUCGUUCAUUGGGAGCUAUGUCAUCUAUGCACUCAUCGACUGCGUGCCAGGAUUCGAGGUCUUGGCUGAGGAUAAGGAUAUCAUCGCCGGUUUAGACGCCAGCCAGAUGGACGAGGAGACGCUCUGGACAGAGACCCAAAAGUACUAUCCGUACGCGGAGCGUGAGGGCGAGCUGCACCUCGACUAAGUUUUGAUACAUGAAGCGGACGAGAUAACGCAACGCUGAUUGUCUAUGGCUAUUUUGAGUGCCUAAUGUAGAUCUUUCUAACUGUCUAGAGAGUCUUACGCAAUAGCUCGACCCUAAAUGUCACCACAUACUUACAGUCUAAAUAUGAAACA